CGCGACAAGCAACCUUGCAUUUUCUCUUGCUUCACUUCGCGUUAAUUUCUUGCUCUGGCACAUCCCUCUCCCCCGGAUACUCGGAUGACACUCCUUUGGAUGUGAAAUCAUUCGUGAUUGCAAUGGCACCCAAAUUCAAGGACGGCGACGUUGUGUUCGCUUUCUCUGGUAAAUGGGUGUCUUGGGUACAUACCGCUGUUGCUUAUGCUGCUUUCCUUGGCGCAUUGAUCGUUGGCGUUGCUCUGCAUUAUCAUAAAAUUGUUGAAAACGAAUACUAUGGAUACCCCGAGGAGUGGUUCCCCUCCGUCUCGGCAACGAUUGGCGAUCGAUAUCCGGAACGUUCGGUUUUCAUGCUUUUUAUAGCUAUUACUUCAGGUCCACGUUUCGUUCUGGUUGGUCUGUGGUACCUCCUAACUGCUCGUCCAAAUGCGACUCUCCCGAAGUUUGUGGCGGCCAUGGGCUUAUUUCGAACCCUCACAUGCGGUGGAUGGACUUAUGUCACUUCGACGGAUGAUCACGACUGGCACGACAUAUUCAUGAUAUCGUACCUCGUGGGAACGCUGCCUUGGACCUUAGGAUGCAUAGCUCUAAGUCCAAGCAGCGGCAAAGCCGUCAAGUAUCGGAAAUAUCUUGCGGGCUCCUUUUUUGGUACCCUUGUACCCCUCAUUUACUUCUUCAUUCAGCAUAAGGUCCAUAAGGUCGCUGGAGCUUACACUACAUACGCUUUCUUCGAGUGGGCUUUGGUUUUGCUUGAUGUUGCCUUUGAUGCUGUUACAGCUCUCGAUUUUGAGACUUUCGAGUUGGUCGUCAAGGACGUAAAGGGUUCGAGUAAGGGAAACAACAAGAUUGUGGCCGAUGCAGUUCUUGAAAAAGAAAAGGACAAGCAAGUCAACCAAGUAUUUGGCCAAGCUUUCUCCUGGAGUGAAGCAAUCGAUGCAGUGGCAGAUAUAUACAAUGGGUUUGUUUUCUGGUCUAUGUUGACCUCCCUGGGAGUUCUCGUCUGGUACUUUCCGCUAUGGCAUAUGGGUAUUUCGGGCUACGAGGUGAUGGUCAUGUCAACGGUCUCGCCUUUGCUGCUCGGUAUCCAUUCGAUACGUUCACUGGUGGUGAAGAACCUUCGGGUUUGCCAUUUUCUCUCACUAGCGGGAUUGCUUGCAUAUCAAGUAAAGAGUCCAGCGAAUCGACUUUUCACUGUUGGAUUUGCCGUCUGGAUGUCCUGUCUCUCGUGGGCAGCAACUUGGUAUUCACACGCGGCCCAGCCUGGACGCCUGGAAUCAAAGAUAUCUGCUUGGGCCAUUGGUCUUAUUGCGUCCAGCGUCGUCAAGUUCGCAUGGCAGACGAGUAACCCCAUUUGGCCAAUAUCUCACGCUUCAAAUGGAGGUUGGAACGCCACAGGCCUUUUACUGGCAGUUUUGGCCGUCCUUUGCUCUACUCGUAAGUCUCCUGGCAGCGGCAGCGAUCUUGCGAUCCAAGGACGCAAAGAAGGAUCCUCGCUGUUAGCAGGACUGGGCUUGGCUGGUCUAUUUUUUGGCCUGCAUUCCCUUCUAUCAGAUUCUAGCACAAUGAUUCUUUGGGUAUGGGAAGGGUAUCCAGUACGAGGUCCAAUCUCAGCACCGCAUGGUGCUUGGACGAUAGCUGCUAUGGGUGCAGGAUUGAUUCUGGGUCUGUUUAACGAAGACAUCGCUCGGAGCUGGACGUUAUUUGGGAUUGGAUCCGUUGGUGCAGCGAUGUUGACCUUAUACAGCAACUGGAGGGGAUAUUAUGGUGCCCUCAUGUUGGCCGUAUAUCUCAUGGCAGUGGCAGUGCCCCUUAUUGGGUCAGCAGCGCGAAAAAGUCCUGCUAGAACCUUCGGCAUCGGCUUUCUGGCGUAUAAUUUCAUGGUAUUGUUUCACGUCUGGGUGGUUGCGUAUGCCUUCGUGCCCGGAGGCCCUCUAGUUCGGGAGCAUACUGAUUGGGUCAUGAUGACAACCAUGCUUCUCAUCGGCUGCGGGGUCUUCUCGUCCGCAUCGUCAACUCCAGCAGCACAACGCAAGCGGUUCAACGCAUACCUCAAUUCCCGCAAACAGCGCUCCUAUUACCUCUAUGUUCUCGGGGUCUUGCAACUACUCUCUGUCUCCAUCGCAUACCUUCGAUUCCCAACUUACGACUAUGUUCCCUAUCACAAGGACGACAAAAUCCUCACCGCAGGCAUCUGGACGAUCCAUUUUUCGCUCGAUAAUGAUAUGUGGUCUUCGGAGUAUCGGAUGCGUGAUGUAAUUAAAGAGCUGGAACUGGACGUUGUUGGCCUUCUUGAGUCUGAUCUGCAGCGCAUUAUCAUGGGCAACCGUGAUACAACACAAUUCCUAGCAGAGGACCUUGGCAUGUACGUUGAUUAUGGACCAGGGCCCAACAAGCAUACUUGGGGCGCCGCUCUCUUAUCCAAAUUCCCCAUCGUGAACUCGACGCACCAUCUUCUUCCUUCGCCUGUCGGUGAGCUGGCGCCGGCGAUUGAAGCAACUCUAGAUGUGUACGGUGAGACGAUUGAUGUAUUCGUCUUCCACUCGGGCCAAGAAGAGGAUCCUGAGGAUCGAAGACUGCAAACGGAAUACCUUUCCAAACUCAUGGGUGCCACACCACGACCGGCCAUUCUACUGUCGUAUUUGGUUACGAAGCCACUCGAGGGUAAUUACAAUACCUACGUGUCAGAAACAAGCGGAAUGCACGACAUCGAUCCCGAUGACUGGGACCGGUGGUGCGAGUAUAUCCUCUACAAGGGGCUGAAGCGGACUGGGUAUGCACGAGUGAGCAGAAGCACAGUUACAGACACUGAGAUCCAAGUCGGAAAGUUCAAGAUUGGCGAGAAAGAGAGUGACAUUGCGGAAGUGAGGAACGCCAGGAUCAAUGAAGAUCAAGUGCCGGAGGGCAUGCGUUUCCCGCAAAUGUUCCGAGGAGAGGGCGUGCGAGGACACCAAUACCACGUCUUUGAUGAGCCGAGGUACUAUGCUUGAAUAUCGUGGGCCGACGUUUAGGGAUUUCUUUUGUUGGAGAUGGGACGAUGCAUGACUGAAAGGGGGAAAGGCAACUUAUGGCUGAACGAACAUUGGGGGAUGAUUAUGGGGCUCUGGGGGAGACACUGUAGA